ACUUCUAUUAUUACACCUCCUCCUCCUUCUCCUCCCCUUCUUCUCCCCCCCAGGUCGCAUGGAUGCACACUCGCCCGGGUCAGCCCCUGUGCUUCCUCUCCGUGGGGCGCGACGGGCGGGUCACGAAGUGGGUGGUGCGCUCCGCGACCCUCGAGCCCAGAGACCUGCUUCAGUCCGGCGACCCUGAGGCCUCGGAGCACCUCUUCACGAACCCCAACAACGACCGCGCGAAGCUACAGGGAACCGUAACUUGCUUAGCCCUGAAAGCCAACGAGCCCAACUUCCUCCUAAUGGGGGUGGACUCCGGGGCCGUGGUGGAGAUGACCCUCACGGCCUCCACCCACGACCUCUUCUUCUACCCCGCCCACUCCGCGCCCGUCCGCCUGCUGGCCUGGAACGGGCAUCACGAGGAGGUGUUCGCUUCCACCUCGAUGGACUGGAUGCUGAAGGUGUGGGCGAGGAGGCAUAGGUGCCCCCUCGUAGCCCUGGACCUGGGGGCGCCUGUGGCCGGGCUCACCUGGAGUCACCUGGGGGCGAGCCUGGUGGUGGGAGUGACGGAAGACGGCAAGGUGCACGUCUAUGACCUCUACUUGCGCAGGUGUCGCCCGUUAUGCGUCCAGAACAUCAUGCAGCGACGGAAGAGUGUCCUGACCUGCACCGCCUUCAGCCCCUUCCAUCCCGUGUUGGUGGUGGGCGGGGAGAGGGGGUAUCUACUCACCCUCAAGCUCUCCCCCAACCUCCGGCGACCCCCGAAGGAGGCCAAGGGGGCGGAUGAGGUUCAGAGGAAGGAGAUCGAGGUGGCGAGGUUGGGAAGGCUUAUCUCCACUGCCACGCCCCCCUGAGAGAGAGAGAGAGAGAGAGAGAGAGAGAGAGAGAGAGAGAG